AUGUGGCCAGCAGGAUUUGUAUCCCAUGACUGCUUCAAACACACACUCGUUAGUGUUAAACCAAUUUCUGAAGAAGAAAAAUUUAUAAUUCCCCCAAUUACUUCUUCAUAUUCUUCUUCUUUACCCUAUUUAACCAUUCACUGUAAUUUCAGUAUAAUACAUCAAUUUUGGUAUAUACCACUCAAUAAUCUAGAAUACAUAAACAUGGGUGAAGAAUUGGAUAGUUCAACUGAAUCAACCCAAAUCAUUCUUCAUCUUUCCGAUACCAAGCUCUAUGAAAGACUCGACUGUGCUAUAUCAGAAGUGUUUAUUAAUUUUAAGGGCGAAUUUGAAGAUCAACAACACAUUAUAGUUGAACAAACAAGUCGUAAGUUGAAAAAAAUCAUGACUAAACAGAUGUUGGAGGUAUGUAUGGAUGUGACAUUAAUGAUUGAUCACCAAUGCGAUGGUAGAAUUUUGUCAGAAUUGGAAGAAUUACAUGAGAAUGGAAUGGUGCCGGCUAGUAAAUCAUCAAUAGAGUUGCUAGAACCGAUGGAAGCUGAUGAAAGAAAUAGCAACGAUGAUUGUUUGGUAUGUUUAAAUGCGAUAGGGGAGGAAACUCAAGUACUGUGUUUGCCUUGCUCGCAUAUGUUUCAUGGAGAUUGCAUUACAAAGUGGUUAGAGAAUAGUCAUUACUGUCCGCUUUGCCGCUUUCAGAUGCCAACGGAAUAG